AUGAACAACGACCUGGAAACCUCCAUGCAGCGAUCAUGGGCCGACGAGCCAAUUACAGACCCCAAUAGUCGAUACUUACCCUGCAACAACCCUGGUGGUUCCCAGUACGAAUCCACUAUUGUCGAGGGUGGUGAAGAAAUUACCGCACAUUUCAAUGCUCCUCCAUGGGCGGACAAGUCUGGCUUCAUCACAGUGUGGAUGACAGAAUGUGGCGGUCGCACGGCUUGCGCAACGUUCCGACCGACAAGAGCGAAGUGGUUCAAGGUCGCCGAGUCGGGGUUGCUUACUGGGACAGUUGCAAAAGGGGGAUGGGCUCCAGGAGCCCUCGCGGAGAGGAACAAUUCAUUCAUAAGCACCAUCCCCGCCGGAAUGCCAGACGGGGGUUACCUCAUCCGACAUGAGGUCGUCAUUCUCGGCAAUUCGAAUGGAGCGGGUCCUCAGUUCUACCCGUAUUGCGGACAGCUCGCCUACAUGAGUCGAAACUACAGCGAAGCCGGGAUUGCUCCAGAUCAUGUGAGGGUGUCGCUCCCUGGGCUCUAUGAACAAAAUGGUUCUUCGCUCAGUAUUGAUAUCGCCAGCGGUGAUCAAUCGGUCUUCAAAAUCCCUGGUCCGGCUCCGUGGAAGCCAGGCGACACGCCAGUGAAUACGACGGAAACCAGAGCCAGGUUCCGUCAAUCGGCAUACACGGAAGCGGACCAUGAGAUUGAUGAGAACGCUCACACUCUUCGGGUAUACAAAUGA